AUGGGGAAAACGGUGGAGCAGAUUUAUCAAAAAAAGACUCAGCAUGAGCACAUCCUAACUCGUCCUGACAUGUACAUCGGUACAAUAGAAUCCUUGACUGAUGAAAUAUGGCUUUACGACGAGGCGGAUGCGAUCAUGAAGCAACGAUCGUGCACGUGGACCCCUGGUCUUUAUAAAAUCUUUGAUGAAAUUCUCGUCAACGCGGCAGACAAUAAAGUGCGUGAUCCUUCCGGGCAGACCUUAAUCAAGGUUUGGAUUGAUGAGCGCAGCGUGCGAGUUUACAACAAUGGAGAGGGCAUUCCAAUCCAAAAGCACCGCGAGCACGACUUAUGGAUUCCAGAGAUGAUCUUCGGUCACCUCUUGACAUCCUCAAACUACGACGAUAACGAGGCUAAAGUAACUGGUGGCCGCAACGGCUUCGGCGCUAAACUCACAAACGUGUUUUCGACACGUUUCGAAAUCGAAACAGUGCAUAGUCGCUCUCGCAAAAAGUUUUACAUGAAGUGGACUAACAACAUGCUGCAGCACGAUGAGCCGCUCAUCACCUCAUGCGAUAGUCCAGACUAUACCAUGGUGACCUUCUACCCUGACUUCAAACGUUUUCAGGUGGAAAAGUUUUCUGAGGAUAUGAUGUUGUUGAUGCGGCGGCGGGUCUAUGACAUCGCUGGUUGCACCGAUAAAACGCUCAAGUGUUUCCUGAACGGUGAGCGGAUCGCCGUGACGAAUUUCCCGGAGUAUGUGGCUCUAUAUCCUACGAUGGGGGAGGAGGUCCACAAGCACAGCUACGCGCGCGUGAAUGAUCGCUGGGAGCUCUCCGUGCGGGUUUCCAAUAUCGGAUUUCAGCAGGUAAGCUUUGUCAAUUCCAUCGCUACGACGCGUGGUGGGACUCACGUCAGGUAUAUUCUUGACCAAAUCAUCAAUAAAGUUAUUGAACAGGCUAAAAAGCGGAGUAAAACGGAGGUGAAGCCGCACAUGAUUCGCCCGCAUAUCUUUUUGUUUCUCAAUUGCCUUAUUGAAAACCCCGGAUUUGACUCACAGACGAAGGAGACGCUAAACACCGUUAGAACCAGGUUCGGCUCGACAUGUGAGAUUCCUUCCUCCAUGAUUGAUUACAUUCUGCGCUCUGGAAUUGUUGAGCGCUCGGUUGAGAUGGCGAACAGUAAGCUUACGAGGGAAAUGGCUUCCAAAAUGAAGAACGCGGAUCGACGACAGAUCUUAGGUAUUCCUAAGCUUGACGACGCCAACGAGGCUGGUGGAAAGUAUAGCUACCGCUGCACACUCAUUCUUACAGAGGGAGACUCUGCCAAGACGCUUUGCACCGCCGGUCUUGCCGUGAAGGAUCGCGACUAUUUUGGAGUCUUCCCGCUGCGUGGCAAGCCGCUCAACGUACGGGACGCCUCGCUAAAAAAGGUGAUGCAGUGUGAGGAGAUUCAGAGCAUUAUUAAAAUUAUGGGAUUGGACAUUCGACAAAAGAACAUCGACGUGAACACGCUGCGGUAUGGGCAUCUGAUGAUUAUGUCCGAUCAGGAUCAUGAUGGGUCGCAUAUCAAAGGGCUGAUCAUCAAUAUGAUUCAGUACUAUUGGCCAAAUCUACUUCGAGCUCCGGGGUUCAUGCAGCAGUUCAUCACUCCUAUUGUUAAGGCAAGACGCAAAUCCCGGGGGACCGGUGAAGGCAAAGCCAUUUCCUUUUUCUCAAUGCGCGACUACUUCGACUGGAAGCAAAGUAUUGGGGACUCUAUCUCGAACUACGAGAUUCGGUACUACAAAGGUCUUGGCACGUCUGGCGCGAAGGAGGGCCGUGAGUACUUUGAAAACAUCGAGCGCCACCGGCUUGACUUUGUGGAGGAAUCUCCGGCGGAUUCGGAUCGAAUUUGCAUGGCCUUCGCUAAGGACCGCGUGGAGGAGCGCAAGGAGUGGAUUACGCGCCACAAGGCUAAUGAGAACAACACCGAGACGAUAGACUACAGCGUGCCCAGGGUGACGUACGGGGAAUUUGUCGACCGCGAGUUGGUGCUCUUCUCCAUCGCCGACUGUGAGCGCUCGAUCCCGAGCAUACUGGACGGCUUCAAGCCCGGCCAACGGAAGAUUCUCUUUUCCUGCUUUAAACGCAACCUCACGCGUUCGAUUAAGGUGGUGCAGCUCGCCGGUUACGUCUCGGAGCACUCCGCCUACCACCAUGGGGAGCAGUCUCUCGUACAGAGCAUCGUCGCGAUGGCGCAGGACUUCAUCGGCAGCAACAACGUCCCUUUGCUCUUUCAGGAUGGUCAGUUCGGUACGCGUUUGCAGGGCGGAAAGGAUCAUGCCGCGGGACGAUAUAUCUUUACCAGGCUCACACGCCUCGCGCGCUACAUUUUUCACCCCGCGGACGACUAUGUGGUGCAGUACCGCGAUGACGACGGACUCUCCGUGGAGCCCUUUCACUAUUGCCCUGUCAUUCCUAUGGUACUUGUGAACGGUACCUCCGGUAUCGGCACUGGUUUCAGCACUAAUAUCCCGAGCUACAAUCCGAUUGAUAUAAUUGAUAAUUUAAAACGUCUAAUUAACGGGGAGAGCGUGUUGCCGAUGCAGCCAUGGUAUUUCGGCUUCACAGGCACUAUCCGAGAGAAAGAAAAGGGUAAGUUUACAUCUCACGGGAAGUACGAAAUUCGUCCUGACGGGAUCAUUUCUAUCACGGAACUCCCCAUAGGGGUUUGGACACAGGUGUACAAGAAGUUUCUCGAGGACCUACGUGAAAAGGAGAUCAUUGUGCAGUAUCGCGAGCACAAUACGGACGUCACGGUCGAUUUUGAUGUUUUUGUACACCCGGAGGUCCUUCAGUUGUGGCGCGAACAGGACGUCGUCGAGGAUCGUUUGCAGCUUCGCGAGUACAUUCACGCGACCAACAUUAUCGCUUUCAAUUUUGAAGGCCGACUCACCAAAUAUCCGGAUGCGGAGUCGCUUCUGAUGGAAUUUUACCCUAUUCGCAUCGAUUACUACAUUAAACGAAAGGACUACAUCCUCGGCGAGCUGCGACGUACGACAAGCAAGCUAGAGAAUAUGGUUCGCUUUGUGCGCGAAGUCGUCAAUGGGCAGCUCGUCGUGACGAAGCAGAAAAAGCGAGACCUCCUUGAGGAGCUACGCCGGCGCCAGUACACACCAUUCCCUCCGCAUCAAAAGAAGAAAGUCACGGCCACCACGAUCGAGCAGGACGACGACACGGCAAACACCCAACAAGAUAUGGAUAGCGAUCUGCAGUUUCUGGAGCACGGACGCGACGACGCUGCGGUGGGUGGCUUUUCCGUUACUUCGACAAGCGCGACAGAUUUGGUGGGGGAGGAUCCACCUGAGGUGGUCCGUGCAUCCCGUGACUAUGACUACCUGCUUGGAAUGAAGCUCUGGAGCCUCACGUUUGAGAUGAUCGAACGUCUAGAGGCGCAGCUACGGCGAGCCAAGCAAGAGACUGAGGCAAUGGAGAAGCGAACACCGAAGGAGUUGUGGCUGAAGGAUCUGGAGACACUGCGCCCCCAACUAAUCGCGUAUUUUUCCGAACGAGAGCGCGAAAUUGCUUCUAUUCAGCGCAAGAAAAUGGAGAAAAAGAAGCCAUUCGAUGCCAGGCGGCUGCGCGUGCCCAUUUUGUCCGAUAAGGCCCGCCAAGGUUUACAGAAAGAGGUUAGUAAGCUCUCCGCUGGUCGUCGUGCUGCACAAACAGAUGACGUGAUGAAUGGGGAUGAGGCCAGUAAGACCAGAGGUCGACCCCCCUCGUCAGAUAAAAAGCCCCCGCUCAAGAAGAGGAGGCGGAAGAAGAAGGGUAGCGAUGAUGACGAGAGCCUUUUUGACUCUUCGUCGAACCCGGACUCUGACGACCUGGACGACAGCCACGAUGGUGGCAAUAUUGUGGGCGUGGGCGAUAGCGAGGAGACAUUGGCCGCCAUGCGUGCAAAGGCAAGCAAAACCCAGCAACGGCGGAAGGCAGCGGACAAAAAGACCGGUGAGGCGUCAUCAACCCAACGAAAGCCCCGCAAGCCGGUGGGGGAGUUGACGGGAAAAGCCUCUGCGAAGGCCCCUACGACGGUCACGGUGGCCGAUGAUUUCAACCUCGACGGGUUCGGCUUGGAUGCGCUCUCGACUCCGGCCUCAACGCAUCCACCUCUCCCCCUCCCUUUGUUCACCCCCGCCCCCGUAAAUGACCAUUCCAAACUUGAAAUGGACGAUGAGGACGACGACUUGGCGGUGCUGGGGCUGGUGCCGCAGGGCCGAGGAAGAGGAAGAGGAAGAGGGAGAGGGGGGGCUUCGGCUGCCCCGGCGACGCGUCUGGUGAAGCCACGAGGACGGGCGGCGACGAAACGACGUCGUGCGGAUAGCGACGAAGACAGCCUCAGCGCGUCCUCCUCGGAGGGGAGCGCCUCGACGGGACCGGCCACCAGUGAGUCCUCCAGUCUAACCAGCAGUGAGGCGUCCGACGAGGACUUUAGUGACUAG